CAAAGAUGAUGACACUUUGAUCUUUUUGUGUGUUUGACUGAAUAAACUGACCCAUUCCAUGCCAUUUCAUGUCACGUCAUGGCUCUUGUUGCUUUUGUUUCAAGUCCGUUUCGUUGCAGAUAUAUUUAGCAAUAAGACUCAACACUUCCACUUGAACAGCAGUAGUUUUUUGUCUCUCCCAUUUCAACUCUAUUGUCUUCGACUAACACAUCGAGUAGUUGGGUAAUUUUAAACUAUUAGUUGAUUACUCAUUUCUUCUUCUCCUUUGUUACGACUGGGCUAGUUAGUAGUGGUUGUUAAGUGUGGUCUGUUCUGAUGGUGGAUCACGACCAGGAGUCGGUCAGGUCCUUCAAGAUCAUCCUCGCUGGCCAUGGCUACACCGGCAAGACCAGCUUAGUCAGACAAUACACAGAUGGACGCUUCAACGAGACCUAUGUUGCAACUCUUGGCAGCGACUUCAUCGUCAAAAGAAUCCAACACGCCAAAAGAACGGUGGAUCUGAACUUGUGGACUUUAAGUGGACAACACUGCGACAUAUCAACAGUUCCCUCAGUCAACUUCCGAUUCGCAGACGCAGUGGUGAUCGUGUUCGCCAUCAAUGACGAAAAAUCCAUGCUUGUUCUGGACCAGUGGCGCCAGAAGGCGGAGGAAAUAGUAUCUACGGACACCAUUUUUGUACUGGUGGCCAAUAAGUGUGACAUGAAACGCAUGCAGGAAAAAAACCUGGAAGACAUGGCCGGCAACUUCUACGAUCACUACUUCCAGACAUCGGCUAAGACGGGCGAGGGAGUGGGCAAGUUGUUCGAGACAGUGACGGACAUGAUUGUGGAGAAACAAGCCAACAGAACCGGCAAAAGUACCGGCUUCAAAAUCAGACAGCCCAGCAGACGCAGAAAGAAGUCAUCACCAGGAUGCUCAUGUUGAUUGCAACCCAUCAAUCGUAGAACUAAUUUCAAUCAAAUUGCCUAAUUAAAAAUAGUGAAAAAUUUCUUUUAACGGCAAAAAUAUAGCCAACAGUU